CUGCAGCAGUAUGCAGUGAAGGUUUAUAAUUUUAUAUUUACAUGUUUUCGAUUAAUUCAGUUUUUCAUUCUUUAAAUAAUAUUAAUUCAGUGGUUAUCUAUAAUGAUAUCUUCUAACUUGCUUUCAGUCUACUGAUUUUGAUCAUGUUUAGAUAUUGAAUUUAGUCUUAUUGGUAUAUAUCUAGUAGGCAUAUAUAAUAUUUUCUUGUACAUAAAGCUUGUCAUUUAGUAUUCAAUAUGCUUGCAUGUAGUAGAUAUAUACUUGUACAUAUUUCAGUGUUAUAAGAUCGAGACACCCUGAUUAAAGAGAACCAUGUUCUCUGUGAAGGUUCUAUUCAUUCCCAGAGGAGCAAUUGUCUGGACCUUCAGACCUUUAGUACACAAACUUGGCCACAGUAAUUGUAGAACAAUGACCCCCCAUUCAGUUUGUGCAGCCCCCUUUUCUAUAGUUUCAACUUGUACUGGUAGAGCUUGGCUUGGGUUUUAGCUUUUUGAGAAAGCCAAGUCAUUACAUUUCGGAAAGCCAGCGAGUUAACAUCAUAUUUUAGACACCUCAAGUAUUAAGUUCGAUCUUUCGAUACCUUCGAUUCAGUUUCAACAGUUCAAAGCCUCCAAUUGAAGGAUGUGUACCAAAGAUUUACUCGAAGGAGUAUUGUUUGCAGAAGAUGAAUAGCAUGAUUCAAAGAACAACAAGACUUGUUUCAUCUUGUCGACUUCAACUACAGGUGUUUGCAGCAUGUCACAGUCACUCGCAUACAGCAAGGCAUAGUGUGUUUCACUUUCCUGACAGUCUAAAAACACAUGGAGGAGAGGCUAAUGUUUCGUAUACUGGCAGAGUUUUUAAACGGAAUCUGUCAGCAUUAUCACAACAUAGAUCAGAGUCAGACAUUUGUAAACUCCAAAGAGCUCUUUGUAGGAAUUUUAAACAAAGCUCGUCAUUGCUAUGUCAGACGAACCAAGUUAAUUGCAUAUGUGUCGGUCCAAGGAGAUUCAAGGAAAGUAGACAGAUGAUGAAUAGACCGGUGCACCAUCAUUUCUCAACAAUAGCUUCAUAUUCUGUACUGAAUGUUUGCCGCAAGAGAAGAUAUAACCAGUCUGCAGUGCAGAGUUGCAGAGUUCAAAGGUAUGGAUCCAGUGCUGUUGGAAAUGAGACCGGUGAUCCCCUCUCACCUAAGAGCCCACAGUUCAGAUGCUACAUGGAUCAUCUGAGAAAUGAGCACCAGGCCAUCUCAGAUAGACUUCAGGGAGGGGAGCCGUUGUCAGACUCUAAACAGAAGGAGCUCAGGGGAUCCAUGAUGGAGCUUGGUGAGAUCCUUGAGAAAUGGAACGAACUGAUAUCAAUGAAAGAAGAGAUCGAUGAAAUUCAGCAUCUUAUCCAAGUUGGUUGACCUUCUAAUGUCCUCCGAAGAGACUGAUGAUAAUGAUGUCAUAAUGGAGUUUUCAGCAGGAGUGGGAGGUCAAGAAGCUAUGCUGUUUGCCUCUGAUAUGUUUGACAUGUAUCAACGAUAUGCAGAUUACAGACGUUGGUCCUUUACAAUCCUUGAGUACUUUACCUCAGAUAUAGGUGGAUUAAGGCAUGCUACCGUUAGUAUCACCGGUGAUCAAGCUUAUCGUCUUCUAAGACAGGAGGCUGGCGUCCAUCGUGUUCAGAGGGUACCAAAGACAGAGAGACAAGGGCGUAUACAUACAAGCACCAUGUCAAUAGCUGUACUACCACAACCUAAAGAGAUUGAUCUGAAACUGGACCCUAAAGAUUUGAGGAUAGAAACAAAGAAAGCUAGUGGAGCAGGAGGUCAGCAUGUGAAUACAACGGACAGUGCUGUUAGAACCACUCAUAUACCAACAGGUAUCUCGGCUGAAAGUCAACAAGAGCGUUCCCAACACAAGAAUCGUUCGAUUGCCAUGACGAUGCUACAGACUCGAAUCUACAACCGGAUCCUUGAAGACCAGACCAACUCUGAAAGAUCGAUGCGUCGUUCACAGGUGGGCACAAGAGGGCGCUCUGAAAAGAUUCGUACUUAUAAUUACCAGCAAGAUAGGAUCACGGACCAUCGGAUCAGUCGUAGUAUCCAUGGAGUAAUGGAGUAUCUACUAGGAUCUGAACACUUAGAUGAAAUGAUGGUUAGUUGUAUGGAAGGCGAGGAGUGUCAGAAUAUACAAGAAAGAAUCCUAGAAGUUUAUGAUAUGAGCAAAGAGAACUCAAGAUAGGAUCACGGACCAUCAGAUCACUCAUAGUAUCAAUGGAGUAUCUACUAGGAUCUGAAUUCUUAGGUGAGAUGAUGGUUAGUUGUAUGGAAGGCGAGGAGUUGGAAGGGGGAGGGGUCACUGUUACUAGCAGGUAGACCUAAUGGUCGUAUACAGACUUCCCCAGAAUUUCUCUAUUGAUUUGCCCAUCUUACAGUACCCUAAACAAAUAUAUAUUUAUUCCCUAAACUAAAUGAUGUCUCAAAUGUUGUAUUGUAAUGAAAAUGUGAAGCUUAUACCCUUUCCAUGAAAUUUUAUACCCUUUUUACUGGAUGUGCUGAUAUUGCCUGGCUGUUGAAAACAAGACAUUUUACUUGUUAUUUUAAAUGUGCAUUGUGGGCAACUUACUUUUUGUAGUUGUCCUAUAUUGAACAAAUUUACUUGAAAUUAAAGCAUCUUCAAAAUGAA